AUGGCCGAAGCCCAGACUCCUACCUUCAAGCUCGUUCUUGUCGGCGAUGGCGGUACAGGAAAGACCACUUUCGUCAAGCGUCACUUGACUGGUGAGUUCGAGAAGAAGUACAUGGCCACUCUUGGUGUCGAAGUCCACCCUUUGGGCUUCAGCACGAACUUCGGCCAGAUUCAGUUCGACGUCUGGGAUACCGCCGGCCAGGAGAAGUUUGGUGGUCUCCGUGACGGUUACUACAUCAACGGCCAGUGCGGUAUCAUCAUGUUCGAUGUCACCUCCCGUAUCACCUACAAGAACGUCCCCAAUUGGCACCGUGAUCUCGUUCGCGUUUGUGAGAACAUCCCCAUCGUUCUCUGCGGCAACAAGGUCGACGUGAAGGAGCGCAAGGUCAAGGCCAAGACCAUCACCUUCCACCGCAAGAAGAACCUCCAGUACUACGAUAUCUCUGCCAAGUCCAACUACAACUUCGAGAAGCCGUUCCUCUGGCUUGCACGCAAGCUCGUCGGCAAUCCCGCUUUGGAAUUUGUUGCUGCGCCGGCUCUCGCUCCCCCUACCGCUCAGGUCGACGAGAAGCUCCUCGAGCAGUACCGCCAGGAGAUGGCUGAGGCUUCCCAGAUGCCUCUGCCCGGUGAACUUUCAGACGAUGACUUGUAA